CGCGUGCGUCAAUUGAGAAUAAAGCCGACUUCUCUCACAGGCUCCCAACAGCGAAGCGAGCUUGCAGCUUUCAUUACUCGCGCUUUUUGGCUGCCUCUACCGACCUGGUUCCCUACUUCUCGCUUCUCCGUGUCUUUGAUAGAAAUAGCGUAGGUGGAGCUAGAUUGACCCCAUAGUGGAGAUCAACAACUGUGCCUUGGGAAGCUCCGACUUUCUUCUCGGCGGUGAGAAAGAGGUGAGGAGCAUAGGGAAGUGGGUAAAAUCCUCUCUCUUUUGUGAACCUUUAUUCGCACUGUGGAGCAGUCCGGAGCAGUCUGGUUUCGAAGCUGACUUGCAAGUUGCGGACACAAGCUGGUGAGUCUCCUCCUCAUUGUUCGCUUCCCGUUGAGCUAGCAUAUCACCAGCCAUUUAAGACACUUAAAUAAAGGAUCUGUGAGCUGUUGCCUCCUGCUCUCUUCGAAAACUCUGUAGAAGAUGUCAGUUCUUAUUGUGACAAGCCUGGGAGAUAUUGUUGUGGAUUUGCACACAGAUCGGUGCCCCUUAACCACCAAAAACUUCUUAAAGCUUUGCAAGAUCAAGUAUUUUAAUGGGUGUCUGUUUCAUACAGUUCAAAAAGAUUUCACAGCGCAGACUGGUGAUCCUACUGGAAAGGGCACCGGUGGUGAUUCCAUCUACAAAUUUCUUUAUGGUGAUCAGGCUCGGUUUUUUGGUGAUGAGAUCCAUCAAGAUUUAAAGCACUCUAAAAUAGGAACUGUUGCCAUGGCUAGUGCUGGAGAGAAUCUUAAUGCUUCUCAGUUCUAUUUCACAUUACGUGGUGAUCUUGACUAUCUUGAUGGAAAACACACUGUGUUUGGAGAGAUUGCAGAAGGUUUGGACACCUUAACAAGGAUUAAUGAAGCAUUUUUGGAUGACAAGGGAAGACCAUACAAAAAUAUCAGAAUCAAACACACAUAUAUAUUGGAUGAUCCUUUUGAUGAUCCUCCACAGCUAGCAGAGUUGAUACCUGAUGCUUCCCCAGAAGGAAAACCACAUGACGAGAUUGAUGAUGAUGUGCGGCUUGAAGAUGACUGGGUGCCUAUGGAUGAUCAAAUGGAUCCAGCAGAGCUUGAGGAGGUUCUUCGUGCAAAAGAAGCACAUUCUAGUGCAGUUGUUCUCGAGAGUAUUGGCGACAUUCCUGAAGCUGAGAUAAAGCCUCCAGACAAUGUAUUAUUUGUUUGUAAGCUUAACCCAGUUACAGAAGACGAGGACUUGCAUACUAUCUUUUCACGUUUUGGAAAUGUGAUAUCGGCUGAGAUAAUUCGUGAUUUUAAGACUAAAGACAGUUUAUGCUACGCUUUUGUUGAGUUUGAGACCAAAGAGGCAUGCGAACAGGCAUUCUUUAAGAUGGAUAAUGCAUUGAUUGAUGAUCGAAGAAUACAUGUGGAUUUCAGUCAAAGUGUUGCUAAGUUGUGGUUCCAAUACAGGCGGAAAGAGAAUCAAAUGGGUAAAGGAAAAAGUUGCUUCAAAUGUGGUGCUGUUGAUCACAUUUCCAAGGAUUGCACAGGGGAACAUGGUACCAUGCAGCCUCCAAAAUACACAUUGAAAGAUGAGAAUACUCAGCGAGGAGGAACAGAUAAUGCAAGAUAUGAUAUGGUAUUUGAUGGGGACGCUCCAUCGAAUUCAGAACAGCUCAAGUUGCAGCAGGAACUUAAACCAGAAGAUCAAAGGUAUAGAGAUCGUGAAAAGAAAGAUAGGCAUUGGCAUGAUGACAGAAAUAGACAAUACAGAGAGGAUGAGAAGAAGCGCGAUAGUAAAGAAAGUAGAGACUUCGGAAGAAAAGAUGAGGAAUAUCAUCGAGAUAGAUCAGAUAGGGAGAAGCAGAGAGAUAGAAAUAGUUACAAGGGACAUGAAAGCCGUGGAGACAGGAGGGAUGAUCAAGAUUAUAGGAAAAAGAGUGCAGAUGGAGAUGAUCACAGAGAAAGGAAUGGUCUGCGAGAUGGCAGGGAUGAUCUGGAUCACACAGAGAGAAGUGCCAAUAGAGAUGGCCGCGGAGACUGGAGGGAUGAUCGAGAUUAUGGGAAAAGAAGUUCAGAUAGAGAUGAUCAUGAAAAAAGAAACAAUCAGCGAGACAGCAAGGAUGAUCGAGAUCAUACAAAGAGGAGUGCCAAUAGAGAUGGCCGUGGAGAUAGGAAGGAUGAUCGAGAUUAUAGGAAAAGAAGUGCAGAUGGAGAUGAUCAUGGAGAAAGGAACGAUCAGCGAGACAGUAAGUAUGAUCGAGAUCAUACAAAGAGUACCAAUAGAGAUGGCCGUGGAGACAGGAGGGAUGAGCAUGAUUAUAAAAAGAGAAAUAUCAGUAGGGAUGGCCAUGGAGAGAGGAGGGACGAGCAAGAAUCUAAAAGGCAUCGAGAUGACAGAAGAUGAUUGUAUGAGCUAGUUAAUCCUGUUUACUCACCAUACAGAUUGGAAGACUGUCUCUUGCUUCAAUUCAAGCAAUAUUAAGAUGGAUUUUUUUUUUUUUUAUCACUACAUUAUAUGUUUAUGUACUUAACUUCAAAACAUUUCAAAUUUGGUUAUCAAACUUUAUUUUGUUUUACUAUCA